AUGGGCAACGAGACAGAAGGCAAGAGGGAGCUGGUAGACCCUGAGCUACAAGGUGCUGUCAAUCGCCGUUCCGAGUCCAAGGACCUUGAGCCCACCCAAGAUUUCGACGCGCCUCCGGCGUUUCCGAGCCAUGCCAGCGGCGUUAUUGAAGGGGAAGACGGCGAGCUGAUCAACUUCAAGACAUUGCACUGGCUACAGGGGGGGAUUUUGCUUGUCGCAGAGACUGUUUCUCUAGGGAUCCUUUCGCUGCCGUCUGUUCUCGCCACAGUCGGCCUCGUCCCUGGCGUCAUUCUCAUCUGCGUGAUCAGUGCGCUAGCCACCUACUCUGGCCUCCUCCUCGCCGAAUUCCGGAAACAGUACCCCUUCGUCCGGAAUUUUGGUGACGCGGUUGAACUCAUCGGACGACCAAUCGGCCUGGGACGCGGCUUCAGGGAGGUUUUUGGUUGGGCCCAAACCAUCCUUCAGAUCUUUUUGAUCGGGGGGCAUAUUCUACUUUGGACGAUAUGCAUCAAUACUCUUACGAGCAGCUCCGUCUGCACGGUUCUCUGGGCUGCUGUUGGCAUGAUGAUCUUCUGGGUUUUCAACAUCCCGAGAACCCUGAAGUGGACAAGUUGGAUGUCGGCGAUGUCCUGCAUCUCCAUCCUGGUGGCUGUCUUCAUCACUCUCAUUGACGUUGCCAUUGAAAAGCCCAUUGGGGAUGGAGCCAUCGAUAUCUUCAAGUCCCUUGGCUUUUCUCCUGCUUUUCUAGCGGUCAUCAACAUCGCCGGUGCUUUUUCAAGCCACUCCAUAUUUUUCAGCAUCAUUGCCGAGUUCAAGAACCCGGACGACUGGCCCAAAGCGCUUGCGUUUCUCCAAAUCACGGACACGACGCUCUACAUCAUUGCCGCAGUCAUCAUUUACGUCUAUGCUGGUCCUGAUGUGCCAUCUCCUGCGCUCUCCGCAGCAGGUAGCGCCACCAUCCGCAAAGCCAUUUGGGGGGUUGCGAUCCCCACCAUUGCCAUCGCGGCGGUGAUUUACGCGCACGUCGCGUCGCAGUACAUCUUUACGCGCAUCUUCAGCAACACCAAGCACGUCGUGAGGAGAACAAAGACAUCCACAAUUGCCUGGUUGCUGAUUACUCUGGGAGUCUGGGGUAUCGGCAUGGUAAUCUCCGAGUCAAUCCCGGUUUUCAACAACUUGCUGGGUCUCGUUUCCGCUGCAUUUGCUAGUUGGUUUUCCUUCGGACUACCUGGGAUAUUCUGGCUCUGGAUGCACAAGGGAAACUGGUUCAGCACCUGGAAGCAGAAAUGUCGGUUUGCAGCCACCUCGUUGUUGUUGAUUGUGGGUAUCCUGAUCUGCGUCCUUGGCCUCUGGGUUUCAAUCGAAUCCAUCGCCAAGGGGGGUUCGACUUCUAAACCCUGGACUUGCGCCAGCAAUGCCGCAGAGUAA